AUGAGGCUGUUUGAAUUCUGCCAACAAACUUUCUUCACUUUUGCGGGAGAGACCUAUGAACCAAUCAAGGGAACCCCAAUGGGCUCACCAGUCUCCGGUUUGGUGGCAGAACUGGUCCUACAGGAGUUAAAAAAGAUUGCCUUCCUCCGACAUGAACCGGUGUUUUGGCGCCGUUGCGCUGACGACACGUUCAUCGUCGUAAAGAAGGACAUGCUGCAGCAUUUCCACAGCCUGCUCAACGCAGUCUUCCCUGAUAUAAAAUUCAAGAGGGAAGAAGAACAGGAACAGCAGUUGCCCUUCCUGGAUGUGCUCGUCAGACGAAACCUUGACGGUGAACUUGAAACGACUGUUUAUAGGAAGUCUACGAACACCACACAGUUUCUCAGUUUUCACAGCAACCAGCCGGUGGCUCACAAACGAAGCUGUGCGAAGACGCUCUUCAAACGGAUCCAAAGUCAUUGCAGCAAACCGGAGGACAGAGCACGUGAGACCCGUUAUCUCCGCGACCAGUUUGUGCAAAAUGGCUAUCCGAAGGCAUUCAUAAGUCGCUGCCUACGCGGUCGCCACCAGAGAACUUGA